CCCGCCCCGGCCUCGCGGCCCCAGCAGCGCCGUCCCCCCGCUGCUUCUCCGAGGGGACAAGGCGUGGAACGGGAAACAAGCCCGGCUAGACAGGGUGUCGGGUCACGCUGGGAAGCUCCCGGGGGAGUAUCCUUAGUUGUCCCACAACCCAACAUCAAUGCAACAGUGGCACAAAACAUCCUCCUCUCAGUUGAAUACUCUUGCCGAGGUGUGGCCACCAUUGAGUGGAAGCAUGUGUCAAGCUGGGGCACCACCAGCAUUGUGGAGUGGAGGAGUGGGAAUUAUGUCAACAUAUCCACGGUGUACAAGGACAGAGUGACUACUUUUGAAAAUGGCUCUAUACAGCUUCGGAAUGUGGGCAUGAGAGAUGCCGGCUACUAUUUUGUCACUGUAACGGAGGAGCAUGGAACCAAUGCCUAUGGCACCAUCAUAGUCAAUGUUUACGAGAUUAUAUAUGAAGAUUUGCAUUUUGUAGCAGUUCUCUUCGCGUUUCUCGCUGCAGUAUCUGCCGUUCUAAUCUGCUUCAUGUGGCUGUGUAAUAAAUCUCUGCAUCUAUUUCAGAAGAAGACAACACACAAACUAACAGCAAGUACAACAGAAGAGAUUGAACUGGAAACCAUUGAGUGUUAGCCAAGGACUGUAUCAUAAUAAAAAUAACAAUUCUACCUCAAGAGAAAGUAUUGUCCAAGAAAGCAAGAACAAACCUAGAAAGUAAAAUGUUUGUGACUACUGCAGAAACAUCCUGACUUGCAAAGAAAUUAAAUCAGCAGGGUCUGAUGGAGCUGUUUUGACCUGUAAAGUUUUCAGUUCUGCUAGUCAAGGUCAGAGUAAAAAAGAGUAUGCUUUCAUGCUGAGCAUGAACACAUUUUUGUGGUUAGCUAAUAAAAUCUACAGCCUCUACCACUCUUAAAAACAACCAACCUACCAACCAACCAACCAACCAACCAACCAACCAACCAACCAAGCCUCUAAGAUCAACCCAUAAAGGAAAUUAUCAUGGUCUUGAAGGACACCUGCAUUUUGGAUACAGCAAGUCUCCUAUUACACACAGAGUGGUCAUUAGC